CCCCCCACCCCUUGGCCAACGGAUUGGCGGUGAUGUCGAACACUCACCUGCCUUCACCUGUCUCGGCGGCCUCGUGCAAACAAGCUCGCAGCUCAGUGGCCCGUUCGGUUUCCAGACGUCUGGCGUGCCGGGCUACGCCAGCACGCGCCUUCCCGUCUGCACCAGCCCGCGGAAGCGUUAGCCGAACCCUAGCAAGCAUGUAGUCGCGGGUAUCAGAUGUCAAGUCUGGUUUGCCCAUGGC